AUGUUCCAAAAAAUAUUACAUUGCGUUCAGAGUGUAAUGUAAGUCUUCUACAAAAAUCUAGAAAAUUCAGGUGUCAGUCAGUUUUAUGUGAAUGCAAGAUCAAGGAGGCUGUAAUCAAAGAAUAUAUAUUGUAUCAAAGAAUAUAUAGACUUUCUUUGUUGUAAUGAUGGCAAGAAGAAGAACAAUUUGUGUACGUCGUCUGUAAACCGCGCAAGUUGAUUAUUUUAACGUCCCUUCAUGCCUCAAGAAUUCCAAGUAUUAUGUUGUUUCAACUGUGAAAUGUUCCAAGUUCAUCAAGUUAAAAAGUCGAAAACGUGGUCAUGUAAAAUUUGUAACGAAAAACAAUCGCUUAAAAAAGUAUUUGGGAUUGGUUCUGCUCGUGAUUGUCGAUCUCUGGUUCAGCAAUUUAACUUAUCUAAAGGCGAGAAGAAAUCUUGUCAACAAGUACAAAAUGAAAGUUAUUUUACUGAGGACUUCAAAGAAGAAGAUUUGAUGCAUGCUCUAGAUGAAAGUGAUUACUGUACAGAUGAUUAUGACUUUUCUUCUGAAUUAUUUUCUCAAGCUGAGCCUAUUAUGAACCCUUAUGUAAAGUCAAGAACUUCUAUUUCACCACUUCAUCUUAGAUAUGAAGCAAGUGCAUCAAAUGAUGAUGAAUGUGAUAGGGAUAGUUUCAAAGAGAAAGAAAUACUAAAUGUGGAAGUGACAACAGGAAAUAAGAGAAAAUACAAAAGUUCUGAGUGUUUGCAUGAUCAUGGAAAAUGUGAAGGAGUAAAAGAUAAGUUUUACCAAAAUUCUAUUCAAGAGCUAGAAAAGAAUGCAGUUCUUGUAAGUUGCAUUGUAACUGACAAAAGCAUAGUGGAUGACAGGCAGAAAUCUUUGCGUAAAAAGAACAGAGGAUUUCAGCUCAUUGUUGAAGCUGCUGCAAAAUUAAACUGAACACAUUCUGCUCAAUGUCAUAUUAUUGAUAACCUAUAUACAGGUAUUUUAGAGCUAAUGUAAUACCACUAAUGCAACAUUCUUCUCCUGUGGAUCUAGAUGAAAUUUAGUAUUUUGUUAACUUUACCAAUACAUUUGUAAUGCUUAUCUGCUGUCAGUAUGUCACUUAUUUUAAAGAAAUGGUAAUCAUUUUCUUGAAUAUUUUAUAAUUAUAUAUUUACUUUGAUAAAUUCACUUAAAUAAAUUAAAUUCUUAGAUUGUA